UAACCUCACUUUAAAAGUUAUUUGUUUUGAUUUAUUUAAAGCCCCUAAAUUCAUCUCAGUUUAAAACGUUAAUAAUUAAGAUUAUAUCUACUUAUGGGGUGUUUUUAAGCCUAUUAAUCCUUUCACCGUUAUGGCACUAUAUACCAGUAAAAACCUGCUGUGCUUAUACAACAUAAGAUACUUGGUUUUGCAAAAACUGCAGCCUUUUUUACACAUAAAUGUCUCCCAAGUGCAUUGGUCUUCAAAAAACGAUGAAUCGGAGACCUUAGAUCAAUUUACCACCCAAAUGAUGGAGCGAAAAAGCGGCAUAUGGGAGAGACGUAAACUGCUCGCACGAAAAAAGAUACAAUCGAAUCAAACUGUUAUAGAAACCCCUCUUGCUGAUAAUUUGUUGGCCCAAUUGAGUUCGGACGCAAUAAAUGACUUAUUUUAUAACGAAUUGAACCACGAAGAUCAUCCAAAGGUGGUACAACUGAUAAAACAGUGUGUAAAAUGUAAUAAAAUUCCCUCGGUAAGUUUGCUUUUAAGAGCUUUAACAAUUUGUGCAAGCAGUGGGGAUAAGGAUAGUAUUAGGGAAGUAGCCGAAUUAUGUGGGAGAAUACGCCCGGAUAUUUUAGUGGAGAAUUGUAAUUUUGAACAUUACGAUGCACAAGCCAUUUGGAUUAAAGGGAAUGUGGUGAAAGCAUUGGAGAUGUUUGGUAAAGUUUAUCGAGAAAAUGUUUAUUUAAGAAGAUAUAUUAGGAGCAUUAUAAAACACUUAAUAUCACUGAGCAUGGACACUCACAGUGAAGCAAUGAUAGUGAACGUAUUAAACUUUUCUGAUGAGCUAAUUUUGGAAUAUAAUGACUAUUUUAUAUUGGCUAGUCUGUGGCAGUCGUGCAUACUGAGUAAAUGGUUUACAGAUCAGCAGUUUGCUUUAGACUUGUUGCUAAAAUAUGCUAAGCUUAAGGAUGUUAUAUCAGAUAAAAUUGUAGUAGUUGUUGAAGUAUGUUUAAGACACCAUCAAACUGAAGUUGUUUAUAGGCUAACAGAGGUUUUAUUGCAAUUAAAUUGUAGAAAUGAUAUUGGGAAAGUAUUGGUGGCUUUACUGGAUUAUUCAUUUAGACAAACUGACUUUAGGCAGUGCAAGGAAAUUAUUUUAUGGGCAGUGGAGCAUGAUAUUGAAAUGCCUACCGUUUUCAGGAACAAAAAACUGGUCCAGCUGUUUUCUAGAGACAUUAAGAAUGUUACCGUUAAAAGUGAUAUGAAACAAACAAAACCGGUGCCAGACUACAAGUUUUAGAGUACAGACAUGUGAGAGAGAGCAUUAAUGGUUAAGGUUACAUUAAAAAAUCGCUAAGGAGUUCAAGUAUAGCUGGGAUUUUUUGUAUUAAUCGGUGACGUCGCUAUCUUGAAAAAAUCGUAAAACGUUAAACGAUUUAUGUGACUUUUUAAGAAAAUAUUAAUUUAUUCAUAGCCUUCAACUGUUCAAGGGUGAAAUGUGAUAUGGACGAUCAAGAAAUCGUUUUGUAUUAUAAUGACCAUAUAAACAUGUGAAUAUAAUUUUUUUUCUAGAGGUUAUUAUACAUUUUUAUUUAUUAAGCAAAUAAAUAUUUAUUACAAA